AUGGCAUAUGGAACAGAGCUGUUUAGGAACCCAUUGGUCCUACAUCCAAUGCUGCAGAUUGAUCUCUGGAGGUACACUAAGCAGCCUUUUAUGCUGCACCCGCAUGUGCAGCUACUCAAGACCAAUUACAUGCUACACGCAGCCAGACCAAUGGCCUCGGUUCUUGCUGAGACAAGACUAAAACAGCCAGUUACCGACUUGAACAAGAAAUGUAAACUUUGCACCGAAGAGUGGGUGGAACGAGAAUCUGAAAGUCUUGCAGAACAGAACAUUAAGUCAGAGACGGCAACAGGCAGCAAUCACCUCACUGAAGAUCAGCUUCUGUGCUCCAUCUGUUUGGACAUGUUCACUGAUCCUGUCACCGUGCCAUUGACGGGAGUGGACUUCCAUAAGAAUCAGUGUCCCAUCUGCAACGAGAAGUUCAGCGCCCGACCUGAGCUUCACGUCGACAACAUCAUGGCAGAACGUGCAGCACAGGUCAGAAGAUCAGCUGUGGAGAAAGCCUGCAGCAGCUCAGAGCAACAAGUUCUGUGUGACGUCUGCACUGAGAGACAGUUGAAUAUCAAGGAGAUCAAACAGUCAGUGAAGCUUGGCAAAGAGGAUGCAGAUAAAGUAAAAAUAGCCGGCGCCGAGGCCUUCACUGCUCUGAUCGAGUCUGUCAAGGCAAGUCUGGCUCAGUUCAUCAAAACAAUCGAAGGGACUCAGAGAGAAAGAGCGCAAAAGGCAGAAGGCUUCAUCAAAGUGCUGGAGGAGGAAAUCUCAGAGCUGAUGCGAGAUAGCUCUAAUGUGCAGAAGCUCUCAAACAUUAAAGAGCAAGGUGACUUGCUCUUUAAAGACCACCUACAGUUCUUUCAAAGUUACAGAGGGCUAAACACAGAUGUAGAUUAUAAAGACUGGUCUCAGGUCAGAGUUCCUUCAUCACAUAAGAUGACUGCAAAACGUUCUGUGGCAACGCUGGUGGAGGCUCUCAGCAAAGACAUGAAUAACCUGUUCAACAUCACUGAGCUGAAGAGGGUCCAGCAGUACGCAGUAGAAGUGAAUCUCGAUCCUGAAACAGCUAACGACAGUCUCAUUCUGUCUGAUGACAGGAAACAGGUUCACUAUGGAGACAUACACCAAAUUAUACCAGGUAAUCCAAAGAGAUUAGCUAAUGUUGCUGUUCUUGGAAAGCAGGGUUUCUCCUCAGGGAAAGUUUAUUAUGAGGUUCAAGUUGAAGACAGAGAAAACUGGGAGUUAGGAGUGGUCAGAGAGCCUGUAAUCGGAAACAAAUGUGUCACACCAACGUCUAAGGAUGGCUUUUGGAUCUUGAGUUUGAGCAAUAGCGGGGCAUAUAGAGUUUCUGCAUCAGGUAACAUUUACCUGAGCACAGACCCUCGGAAGGUGGGAGUGUUUGUGGGUUAUGAGCAGGGUCUGGUGUCGUUUUACGAUGCAGAAUCUGCAGGACCAAUCCAUUCAUUUACAAACUGCAAAUUUAAUGUGAAGGUCUACCCAUGCCUCAACCCUGGCUAUCAGAGUCAGACGACACCCUCCCCCCAAUCAUCUGUCCAUUUGGUGCAGAGUAUGUGAUGGAUGGAUGGAUGGAUGGAUGGAUGGAUAUUAGAGAUCACUGAAAAACAUUGGGGACAGAAAUCUUAUUUGAAAAUAGACAAGACUAACUCCAGUGUGAUUACAGUGAUAGCAAUGGAAAACAAAAUUUCAACAAUACUGUUUUUUUAAUCUUUAUUUCAUUCAAUAAAAAAUAACACAACAGACACUAAACAAUAUUCAUGAAAACACAAUAUAUAUUUGAAUGAAAGGGAGCAGAUAGAAGAAAAAUCUUAUUAUUUCUACCCCCUUUUUAAACUUAAAUAUCAAUUUAUAUUUGUGCAGUCCCUCACCAGUUCUUUCAGUCCCGUAACUGUUCACAUUUGUUAAUUAUUAUGUCCACAUCAAUUGUCCGUUGUCAUAUCCACUCAACACACGUGAUUUAAUGUGUAGACUGAACACUUUUAGAGUUCUUGACUCUUUCCAUUCUCUGUCCAGGCAAUUCCACAACUUCACACCAUUCACAGAUAUACUCAUUUCCUUCAUUCUUGUUCUAAAUUUAGGUUUUUUUGAAGAUUUCAAAUCCCUUCAACGAAUAAAUGCUAUCUCUCUUUUCAAAUAUAUGCUGAAUAUUCUUUGGCAAUGUACCUUUAUUUGCUUUAUACAUUAUAUGCAAUAUUCUCCAGUUGACCAAAUCAUGAAAUUUAAUUACUUUAUAUUUUAUAAAUAAUGGAUUAGAUGGAGCUGUACUAUGAGUG